GCGGGGGCGGGGAGGCUUCGUGCGCGGAGGGGCCGGCGCUGCCGAGCGCGGGGCGAAGCGGAGCGAGCGCUGCCCCCGCCGCCCAGCCCGCCGGCCACCCGAGCGCCUACCGACCCGCGGCUCGCCUUCUUCCUCCUCCUCUCCCCCUGCCUCCCCUUCCCCUCUCCCUCCCCUUUCGCAGCCGGGCUGCGCCCCCCCGGCCGGCCCCGGCAUGAGCAUCUCCAUCCCGGCGGGGCUGACGGAGCUGCUGCAGGGCUUCACGGUGGAGGUGCUGCGGAGCCAGCCCGCAGACCUGCUGGAGUUCGCCCUCCAGUACUUCGGGCGCCUGAAGGAGGAGGAGGCGGCGGCGGCACCGGCGGAGAAGGAGGCGAGCGGCGGGCGCAGGGCGGGCUCGGGCCAUGGCAGGGGCAGCCAGCAGCCGCGCCGCGCCGCCCACGGCGUCAACUUCGCCGAGGAGCCCAUGCAGACCGACUCGGAGAGCGGCGAGGACGAGCAGCAGCCGCAGCAGCCGCAGCAGCAGCAGUUCCCGGCUCCAGUGAUAAAUCGAUUCACCAGACGGGCAUCAGUUUGUGCAGAAACUUACAAUCCAGAUGAGGAAGAGGACGACACAGAAUCUAGGAUUAUUCACCCUAAAACAGAUGAUCAAAGAAACAGACUGCAGGAGGCAUGCAAGGACAUUCUUCUUUUUAAGAACCUUGAUCCGGAACAGAUGUCUCAGGUGUUGGAUGCGAUGUUUGAAAAGCUGGUUGAAGGAGGGGAACAUGUCAUUGAUCAAGGGGAUGAUGGCGACAACUUCUAUGUCAUUGAUAGAGGUACAUACGAUAUUUAUGUAAAAUGUGAUGGCGUUGGGAGGUGUGUUGGAACCUACGAUAACCGAGGAAGUUUUGGCGAGUUGGCCUUAAUGUACAAUACACCCAGAGCAGCUACAAUUAUAGCUACCUCUCCUGGUGCCAUCUGGGGUUUGGACAGGGUAACAUUCCGAAGAAUCAUUGUAAAAAAUAAUGCCAAAAAGAGAAGAAUGUAUGAAAGUUUUAUUGAGUCAUUGCCAUUCCUUAAAUCUUUAGAAGUAUCUGAGCGUUUAAAAGUGGUUGAUGUGAUUGGCACCAAAGUGUACAAAGAUGGAGAACAAAUAAUUGCUCAGGGUGACUCGGCUGAUUCUUUCUUCAUUGUGGAAUCGGGAGAAGUAAGGAUUAUAAUGACAAGGAAGGGUAAACAAGAUGUAGAAGAGAAUGGAGCAGUUGAAAUAGCGCGAUGCUCAAGAGGACAGUAUUUUGGAGAACUUGCUCUUGUAACUAACAAACCACGAGCCGCUUCUGCAUUUGCUCUUGGCACUGUCAAAUGUUUAGUUAUGGAUGUGCAGGCAUUUGAAAGGCUCUUGGGACCUUGUAUGGAAAUUCUGAAAAGAAACAUUGCAAACUAUGAGGAACAGCUAGUUGCUCUGUUUGGAACAAACAUGGACAUUGCUGAUCCCAGUGCAUGAACUAAACAUUGGAGCAACAAGAUCUGUUAUGGAAUAUAGCACAGUAGUGGUUAGUCCACUGAGAAAUUGUCUCUUUUCCUAUAGAUGCCAAGCAUUUUCUGUGAUUUUAAGACUGGGUUUGGGGGUAUUUUGUUUUGACUUAUUACAGUGGAAAUACUAGUAAACAAAUUAGGAAUCCAGUAAAUUGUGGGCUUGAUUUUUAAAAGUGCAUAGCACUGAUGGUUCCAGCUGGCAUCAAGAAGACCCACAGUAGCACAGCACCUUUGAAAAUGAAGUCCUUUAACACAGCAUUUCCUUAAAGAGUAGAUUUCAAAAAAAAACCCACAUGAUGAACUUAAACCAGCUUCUGCUCUUUGAAAAGGUUGCAACUUUUCUGGAAAGACUGUUAGUUUGAAUGUGGUAUGUUGAAAGUAUUAGUGCACACAAAGUGUUUAUAUGUAUUAAUACAGAAGAUAUACAGUAGAUAUUACUUUCAGACUAUUACAGUUGUCAUGAUUUUAUGUUGCAUUUAUCACAGAAGUAAUGAAUCACAAGACUAAUUGUAAGAUAAAGCAUGAUAAUGCAUUUUGUGUAACACUCAUGACCCAAAUCUGAUUUUUAACAUUUUGUAAUUUGGUUUAAAGUCCUCAUUGUUUAAUAUGUCAUGUUUCAGCACGAAACUGUAAUAUCUUAUGCAAUUUAGAGGACUUGUAUAUUUUUGCAAUAAACUGCAUUUUUUUAUUAGUUACAUGUAUUCUGUACAGUCCAGAGUGAGGACAACCGACAAAUUGACCUUAGUACUUUAAAAGCAAAGGUAUAGGUCAUUGUCAUGUUCUGCCUAAUCAUACAAAACCUGUAUUGUUUUCCUUCUCCCUUGUUUUAUAUUUAUGCAUUUUGUCUUCUCUAGGCUUGUUCUGUAGUUAAUUUUUUUUUAGAUCUCACCUUUUUUAUCUGUUAAAUCUUUUACCUAUUUCAAAUGAAAUGAUCUCUGUAUAUCUCUCUUCUUGCAGUCUAAUCUUAGCUAUCGAAGACCAGAUUCAAUUACUGAAGUGAUUGAUGUCAAAAGCCAUGCUAAACUAAGCUUGUACUUGAAAAAUCCUUAUCAGGAAGUACAAAAAUAUUUUUAAUUUGACAGAUCAAUACUUUAAAAGCUUUGAACAAGCGUGGAAAGUACGUCAUCGUCCGAACUAACUUGUCCUGCUUUCAGAAACCUGUAGGUCAUCAUAAAAUAGUAUCUCUUUAGCCGCAAUAGCAUGGGAUACCUCCUGAGACUGAGAAGAGAGAAUAACAUCUUAAUUGGGAGCACAAGGCUCAUUGCUUACCGGGGUCUGUGACUGGAAAUUUCAGGCACAGCCCAAUUUUAGUGCUGCUUACUGGCCUAUCUGUUGAUUUACGUGGAAAGCUAGUGCACAUAAUGGUAAUUGGCAGUAGUUCUGCCACAAUGAGACUACAAGAACUGCCAGAUACUGUCUGAUACUACAAGGAAAGGCUGCUUGUGUCCUGUCUCAAACACCUGAAUUAUAACAUCUUUCCUUCUUCGAUAAUGACUUUUCUAAUGCCACAUAUUUGUGUAUGUUGAUGUAAUAAUUAUCCUAUAUUUAGUGAUAUGUUCUGACAAUUUAUAUAAUCAUACCUGUAUAUGAAAUUAUGAUUAUAUAAUAUGAUAACAAUACAUAAUUUAUAUCAUACAGGAUGGUAUAAAUUAUAAAUCAGAUUCCUACAAAAAUACAAUCUGAGCAAAAUUUACAGAUGUCUUUUUUUUUACCUAGAAACUUGGUAUGAAUAAUUGCACAUAUGAUAACUUGCCUUUGUACUUUUGAUUUGUGGAAAAAAAAGAGAAGCCUGUUAUACUAGAAGGAAAUAUCAGGUAACCAAAAUCUACACUCUUGUCAUUCUGUAUGCUUAAUCUCUAAAAGCUAUCUAUAUUUUGCACUAGCUUGAUGUGAUUAAGAAAAAUGCUAUAAAUUACUUGUAUGGCAGCAAACCACAACCAAGGCCAUAAAUGCCAGUCAUGAUAUUUUCAAUAUUGUUGGUUAUAUUUAAAGUUUCCUUACAAUAAACAACACUUUUAUAUAUAAAAAUCUAAGUCUGUUGAUAUUGUCGUGUUUUAAUUCCAUUAUCAUAUAGUCACAAAUGACCUAUUUAUAUUAAUUUAUUAAAACAUUCAUAAUUCUUAACACUUUCAUGUGAUUUUCAUAAAUGAUGGUAUGAGGAUCAUCUGUCUACUCAGAAUAGAUGACAUGCUGGUUCGGUAAUUGUCAUAGCUACUCUUGAUGGUUUGCUUGUAAUUUUUUUAGGUGGGAAAAAGCUGUGGAGUGAUAAAUUUAAGAUAAUUAGAGACUUCGGAUUUUCUGAGUCUCAAAGUACAGUUUCAUGUUGCAGCAGUUUUAUUGUGUUGCUCUUGGGAACUAGUAUUCUGGAAUUUUCUUUGUUGGUGAAUUAUGGGGAGGUAACUAACAGCAAUAAACUAUCACUUUGAAAGUUUCGUCCAAAUCAUUAUAUCCUUCAUAGAAUCAUAGAAUAGUUUGGGUUCGAAGGGACCUCGAAGAUCAUCUAGUUCUAACACCCCUGCCAUGGGCAGGGACACUUCCCACCAGACCAGGCUGCCAAAGGUCCCAUCCAACCUGGCCUUGAACACCUCCAGGGAUAGGGCAUUCACAGCUUCCCUGGGCAACCUGUGCCAGUGUCUCACCACUCUCAUGGUGAAGAAAUUCUUCUUUACGUCUAGUCUAAAUCUGGCCCUCUCCAGUUUAUACCCAUUGCCCCUCAUCCUAUACCUACAAGCCUUUGUGAACAGUCCCUCCCCAGCUUUCCUGUAGCCCCUUUCAGGUACUGGAAGAUGACUAUAAUAUCUCCUCGGAGUCUUCUCCAGGCUGAACAGCCUCAACUCUCUCAGCCUGUCCUCAUACAGAAGGUGCUCCAGCCCUCUGAUCAUCCUUGUAGCCCUCCUCUGGACCUGUUCCAACAGUUCCAUAUCCUUCUUAUGUUGAGGAUUCCAGAAUUGGACACAAUACUCCAGAUGAGGUAUGAUAGGAUUUGGGAUGUCCUCUGAAUCCAUUCAUAUGUACCCUUUCAACACGCCCAUUUUCAUGUCACAAAUGUCGCAAGUGUUCAUGGUAGAAAGCAAAUCAUAUCUAGUCACUGAUUUGUAAUCACCUUUUAAAACAAGUUAAAUAGUUCUAAUGAUUUUAAACAAUACUAUGUCAGGCUUACCUUAUAAGAAUGUCUGUGUUCAUACUUAGAUUACCUGAUGCUUCUGUUAUUUAAGAUUUUCAUCAUUCUUGUUUGUAGUCAGGUCACGAAAGGAACAGGACUUUGGCAGUUACUUGGCGUGUACAUGUUAGUUUCUUUACUCUCGCCCCAACUUCACCAGCGGUUUAUAAUUCUGCAGAAGAUUUAAUUGAAUUUGGCAGAUGGCAAAGUCUUAAAGAUGAAAAAAUAAAUAAAUAAAUGCUCCAAUGAAUUUGAAAAUAUACCCCACUGAGUGAGGAGAGAAAAGCCUGAGAGACAUCCUGUACGAGAAGGGCAUUCCUGAGCUCACGUUACUAAGCAAAAGAGAUUCCACAUGGCAGCAAAUGUUUACAAAUGCUUCAACCAUGGGAAAAAAAAUCAACCGCAGCCCUCAGUCAAUCACAAGACACAAACCUUGAGGAAAGCAGGCUUCCUUGGUCCUCAUGCUGAUGCCAUCGCUUUUUAAAUGUCAUUUGUUUGAUCUUCAUGACAUUUCAUUCAAAUUCAUCUGGAAGAAACCCUUCUGAAAUAAUUCCCUUCUGGAUCUCCUGCUUGAGGUCAGGAAGUGACUGAUUGUGGAAGUUCCGGCGUAAAGCAGUGAAGAGCAUUGUGAAACCAUCUACAGCCAAAAACACUGCCACUCAUCUUUUUUCCUCAUUUUGUCUUUUGUAUUUAGUAAAGACUGUCCUGGUCCUUGCUGGAAUGGCGGGUUUGGAUUUGGUGGGCUUGUUCUGCUUUGUUUUAAAUGUUUGGUGCUUUAAGCUUUCUGUAAUGUGAUUCUGGGAUCAGGUACAUCAUGAUUUCUGUCAUUUUGUAGUUUAUGACACACUUUCCAUGCCAAGUGUUAUUGUUUCUCAAUAUCAAGAUUUACCAGAUGUGCAAAAUCAAUAUCUGCUGGUCAUCCUACACAGACCUGGCACAUCAGAUUCCUAGUCCUCUUUUUUAAGAUGCUUGCUGCAUAUGAUAGCUUUUGCUAAACAAAGUGUUCUGCUGAAAGUCAGUUUGCUACAGCAUGGACGUUCUUACACACUCUUGCUAAAGUCUUUAUGCUAGUUCAAAGCUCUUUUUAUCCAUACAUACAUGUGAUGAUUAUAGGUGUGUGGGGUUUUUUUGGAGUUUCUAAGAUACUUUCCUGUGUCUGUAGUCCUCAAAUAAGUAUUAUUGUAGUUUUCUAUGGGAGGCAUUGCCUCUUUGGAUGCUGAAUAUGUAUAGAUCUGUGCUGUUGACUGUCUUAGAAAAUUCAGAAUCAUUUACAAAUAAUUCUGAGAGUUGGAUUACCUUUGGAUAUAUACCAAGACUGUUUCCAAGUUCUUAAUCUACUUUUUGGCUCAGAGAUGCUUAACAGGCUGGACACCCUCUCUUCGUGGACCAAAGGGGAUCUGGAUAGUUUUCUUCAGGCUUUUAAUAUCCUAGAAAGAUUACAUUUUAACAUUAUCUCUUCCUUCACCCCAUUUCUUUCUUUCACUCUAAAUUAUCUUUAUUCUGACAGCCAGAUGGACAGCCAGUGACAGUAGGAGUAUGUAAGGCAAGUGGAGUGACUGGCUGGGUCCGUAGUUGGAUGCUGUUGGGAAUUAGGCUGCAUGCAGGAAUAAUAGCUAAGUAUGGAAAUGGGGAUGGAUGUGGGGAGUAAUGGACCUGGGUGCUUCCCCCCACUCUGUAGAAACAUUUUAUAUUAAUGAAGGCCAAGAUGCCCUUGAAGGACCAUGAACAGUGCAGUAAGAAACAACGGAUAGCAACAGUAAGCUAUGGCUGUAUGCCCAGAAGCUGAGAGGGAGGUGUAAGUUAGAAAAGUAGAAAUCAUGAUAACUUAUGGGAAGAGUAUGUAAAAUAUGCAAAGCUAAUUAAGCAAGUAACUGUCUGAUCUAGACACGUGGACAGUAGCAACUAACAAAUAGUAGUAUAAACUUAUACGCGUGAACAGUUGUUUGUAACCAAUCAAUUGAUGCCAAGUUUUAGAUGCAACAUAACACUGCGUAUAUGAGGA